AAGAUGGCCAAGAAGAGAGAGCCCCCCAGCAGCAAGGGUUAUCCAAGGACAUUUGAUCCUAAUUUCAAGGGGCCUGUUGCCAAGAGGAGUUGUACAGAUGUUCUGUGCUGCAUCAUCUUCAUACUGUUCAUCAUUGCCUACAUUCUUUUAGGACUUGUGGCCUGGGUACAUGGAGACCCCAGGAGAGUGGCCUACCCUACAGACAGCAAGGGCCACUUUUGUGGCCAGAAGGGCACCCCCAAUGAGCUUAAGUGCAUGGUACAUCAUUUUGAACUAGUAGUUUGCACAUCCAAAAGCUGGCUCUCUCAUGUUGAGUUCCCACCGCUGUGUUCCUUUUCUUCACAGAUCUGUGUCUCCAAGUGCCCAGAAAAAUUUUUAACUUACAUGGAAAUACAGUUUAGGUACAGAACAAACAAACACUAUUGGAUGUACUACAGCCAGUUCUGCAAAUCCCCUUUUGUUAAGCCUGCAAAGACUGUCACACAAGUCUUACUGGAUGAUGAUUGUCCAAUAGCAAUUUUUCCAAGCAAACCAUUUCUCCAGAGAUGUUUCCCUGACUUCACUACUAAAAAUGGCACUUUGACAGUAGGAAAUAAGACAAUAUUUGAAGAUGGAAGUGGAAAGACCAGAAAUGCUGUAGAACUCAGGACAGCUGCAAAUCGUGUCAAUAAAAUCCUUGAUGCAAGGGCAAUUGGAAUGAAAGUAUUUGAAGACUAUGCAACAACUUGGUAUUGGAUUCUCAUUGGCCUGACUAUCGCCAUGCUCCUUAGUUGGUUGUUUGUGAUACUCCUGAGGUUCACAGCUGGAUUCCUCUUCUGGGUCUUCAUGGUGGGUGUGAUUGGAAUUAUAGGUUACGUGAUAAUACUCUGCCUUCUUGAAGUGUUUAUCAUCCUCAUGCUGAUCUUCCUCAGGGAACGAAUCCGCAUCUCCAUUGCCCUGCUGAAGGAAGGGAGCAAAGCCAUUGGAUACCUCCCUACUACAUUAAUUUAUCCAGUUUUAACUUUCAUUUUCCUCUCCAUCUGUAUUGCCUACUGGGCAGUGACAGCAAUUUACUUGGCUACAUCGGGGGUACCUAUAUACAAAGUCAUAUCCCCAGAAAGGACAUGUAAACAUGAAAAUACAACCUGUAACCCAGAGAUUUUUAAUACAACUGAAAUUGCCAGAGUUUGCCCUGGGGCUCAGUGUAACUUUGCUUUCUAUGGUGGAAAGAGCCUAUACCAUCAGUAUGUCCCUACCUUCCAGAUGUUCAAUCUAUUUGUCUUUCUCUGGCUUAUAAACUUUGUCAUUGCACUGGGUCAGUGUGCCCUUGCUGGUGCCUUUGCUUCUUAUUACUGGGCCUUGAAAAAACCUGAUGACAUCCCACAGUAUCCAGUUUUUACUGCAUUUGGACGAGCCAUACGAUAUCACACAGGAUCCCUAGCAUUUGGAUCUUUAAUUCUUGCAUUAAUUCAAAUGUUUAAAUUAGUCCUAGAAUACUUGGACCACCGUCUUAAAGAGGCCCAGAACAACAUUUCUAAAUUUCUACAAUGCUGCCUGAAAUGCUGUUUCUGGUGUUUGGAAAAAGUGGUAAAGUUUUUUAACAGAAAUGCCUAUGUUAUGAUUGCAAUAUAUGGCAAAAACUUCUGCAGGUCAGCAAGAGAUGCUUUCAAUCUGCUGAUGAGAAAUGUUUUAAAAGUUGCAGUUAUGGAUAAAGUUACAGACUUUGUACUAAUCCUGGGGAAAAUUCUAGUUGCUGGAUGUAUAGGUGUGCUGGCCUUCUUACUCUUCACACACAGAUUGCCAACGAUGAUAGAAGGACCAACAUCUUUAAAUUACUACUGGGUACCUUUGCUGACAGUCAUUAUUGGAUCUUACCUAGUUGCACAUGGGUUCUUCAGCGUCUAUGCAAUGUGUAUUGAUACAAUUUUCAUCUGCUUCUUGGAAGAUAUAGAAAGAAACGAUGGUUCUGCUGAAAGGCCCUAUUACAUGAGUCAGUCUCUGCUGAAGAUUCUGAACGAGCCAAGUAUGCAAACUAAGAAGCAUUAGAAGUGCAAACUGUGGUCAUCCUGCAGCGGUGUUACCUAAUCUUCAUCUGCUGUGUCUGCACAACACUAGUUUCAUAAGUGCUUUGUGUUUGGAACACUGUAUUCACCACCCUGUUGGCUUUUAUUUGCAUGUUUAAUACCAAAGCUUAUACUGUAAUAUGUGAAGCCAUCAGAAGUUGCAAGGGAAUUGUUAAUAACAUGGUACAUUUUUAUACUAAGAUCUUUUGUUUUGUAAUUCAUUUUUAAAUAUAGUGGCUUGGAUGUUUUGAAAACACUAGUGAAUAUGUUCAUAUUCUUUUAAAUAUUACAUUGAAAAAUGAAACGCUAUUUAAAUCGAUAGCUCCUAAUAUAUUUUUUAAAUUACAACUAAAAGACUUCUGCAGGGAAAAUUGGUCAACAAAGUGAAAUAGAAAAUUUUAAAGUUUUCCCUGCUCCUGUUUGACAGUAAAUUGGUAAAAGGACUGCCUGCUCCAGAUUUUGCUCUCUUUGAGUAUAGAAUGUUUCCUAUUAAACAAAUUGCCAAUCAUCCAGCCUUUACUACUUAGUCCUCUCUGACAAAGUGCCUUACUGGCUGUUUAAUAUUACCCAGAUUUUGUGGGCAAAUUUAUAAACAUUGUUUAAAAAAAAAAAAAACCUGCAAUGUUUAGUGAUUGAAACAAGUCUUCUUGAAUUUGUUUUCCUCUUAGGUCACUGGUUGGAAACCACUUGUCAUUUCAGUAUGUUUGAUAUCCUCACUAUAUAGAGUAGUUUUGCAGCAUAAACAAUUUCCCUUGCGCCUAGUGGACAUUCAUGAAUGUGUACUACACGCAAGAAAAAAAAAAGUGAAAGGAUGCUUGUUUUGUUUUUGUUUUUGUUUUUGUUUUUUUACUAAAAGUGAGAAGUUUAAAAAUCUAAUCUUUUUUAUGGUAGAUCAUUUCUCAGUGUUUUACAGAGUUUGGAAAGGAACACUUUGAGAAAUUACAAAGGGAAAUUUUACCCCUGGAAAGGGUGCUCACAGGUGUCAUGUACUGAAUCGCUCUGUUUUAAAUGAUUAUUAUCAUCAAGAAGUGUUUUAUGUGUGUUAUUUCCUUUUUUAACUUUUGAUAUGAAAUAAUCAGUUUGUUUAUAAUAACUUUUAUUGUGCUAAUAUAAACAGGAACAUAAUUUCUAAUUCAAUUUUAAGUAAUUUUACUAGUAUUACUAACUUUAAAGAAAAUGAAUUCAGUUUGUUACUCAGUGUUAAAGUAUUCAUCCCAAAGGAAUGUCAGUCAGAUAUGAUAAUUUGUGAAAGCUUUGAGAAUCAACAGUAAGUUAUCAGCUUAUCUAUGAUCACAUUUAUUUAAAUGUGACUUUAGAUAUUCUUUUAUGCCAAAAACAAACUCACAUGAGCACAUGACAGUCUGAGCUCUAUAAUCAGUGUGCUUCUGCUGUGCAGAAAUAUUAGGAACAUAUUGUCUAAAUAUCUUUGAUAACUAAAAUGUUUAAUAUUUAAUGAAAUCUGUUG